UUGCUUUUGCUGCUCCACGUCGGCACCAGCUGCGGGGCAAGAUGGAGGCGGUGAUUUUGGAACCCUCCCUGUAUACUGUCAAAGCCAUCCUGAUCCUGGACAAUGAUGGAGAUCGACUUUUUGCCAAGUACUAUGACGACACCUACCCCAGUGUCAAGGAGCAGAAGGCCUUUGAGAAGAACAUUUUCAACAAGACCCAUCGCACUGACAGUGAAAUUGCUCUCUUGGAAGGCCUGACAGUGGUGUACAAGAGCAGUAUCGAUCUCUAUUUCUAUGUGAUCGGCAGCUCCUACGAAAAUGAGCUUAUGCUUAUGGCUGUUCUGAACUGCCUCUUUGACUCCUUGAGCCAGAUGCUAAGGAAAAAUGUAGAAAAGCGAGCUCUGCUGGAGAACAUGGAGGGGCUUUUCUUGGCUGUGGAUGAAAUCGUAGAUGGAGGGGUGAUCCUAGAGAGUGAUCCGCAGCAAGUGGUACACCGAGUGGCAUUAAGGGGUGAAGAUGUUCCCCUCACUGAGCAGACUGUGUCUCAGGUGCUGCAGUCGGCCAAAGAACAGAUCAAGUGGUCACUCCUUCGGUGAAGGCCCUCCUGGCUCCUCACCUCAGAAAUCCACAUGUCUGCUAUGACUUCUUGUCUGAGCCCCCAGCUGAUGCUCUCAGGAUCAUCUUGGGGAUCACAAGGGAUCCUUAAAUCUUCAUCUCAUCUGGGGUUGCCCCUCUUCCCCCAACACACUUCCAUUUCCUUCCCGCUCUUCUACGUGGAGGAAAGCUCCCGGCAGAUUUAGAUACUGGGCAGGGAAGCACUGUCCUCCUUCCUAGACUGGAUUAUGCUCCGUGCUCACCUGCCCCCAUAUUUUCUUUACUUCUUUGUCCUUGCUGUAGUCACACUCCAGAUCAAAGCAGGAGAAAGAAUGUGCUGAGUGUUUUCCACCUCUGCCCUUACAAGGCCUUCUUCCAACAGCACAUAUGUUGUUGGGGGGUGGGGGCGCAGCGGAGUGUCCCAUUCCAUAGGGUGAGCAGGGUGGGAACGGGCCGGGAGGUGGCCAGUCUCGCUCACUUACUGACCUUGGCAACCCUCCUGUUUCUUCUUGCUGCCCUGUCCUCUGCCUUGGAAUAGCUUAUAGGAAGGAGACAGGCAGAAACUGUAACUUAACUGUUGCAUAGGGCUUUUAAAACUUAUUCUGUACCCUGAUCCAGGCAUACAGCUUCGAAAUCACCGUGGUCUGUGAGUGGUUAUUGAGUGUCCGUCUUGUCCAGUAUCCCAGCUCUCUACCUUUACUGUCUGUGGGAUUGUUGCCAGCUUUGUCCUCAUUUUGUCCUGGAGCAGAGCCACUCCCAAGAACUAAAACUCCAUUCUCAUGUCCAGAUGCUCUGAAUUGGAGAAGAGGCUUGGGCCUGGAUCUUGAGGCUGUCAAGCCCCUCAGCUUCCCGGGAGUGCAUUUGUUCCUCUGCCUUGGGUCUCACUUGGCAGCUUAACCCUAUCGUCUCUCUGCCUCAGUCUUACAUGAAAAAGCUGUAGAUCUGGGCUCUUGGCUUCCCUACAUGGCCGGCAGUGGUGCCUUUCCCUUGGGACCUGGAUUUCCCCAGCAGGACAGACUGCUACACCGACUUUGAGGUCUAAUCUUCCCCUUGACUCAAAACUUUCUCCCCAGGAAAAGGCCAUAGAAAGCUCUGACCUAGCAGUCUGCCCUGUCCACUGACUGCGCUUCUCCAGCACUGGGAGUGGGGCAGAUGAGGGAUGUUGGAGGAGACACCUUUACGUCAGAUGCACAGAACCAGGAGAUGGCCACCUUCCUAUACAGCGCUGCAAUGGGGAAUAAAGCAUUUCUUUUGCCAAA